GGUGAGGGCUGAAUUCCAGAUGCUCUACCAGGAGCAGUUUCAGAGCAUGCGCCCGAUGCAGUCUCCUAUAGAGGAACAUGUGGUCCCUCCCCCUCCCACAGGGAGAAGCGGCAAAGGAAGUUGUUCCGCAUCAGCCAUCCCAGAGGAUGACAUGGACGAUGGUAGUCCAUGUCUGCUAUACAUUUUAGAAGAAGAUGAGAUGGUGCUGGUAGCUCGUGGAACAGAGUUUAGGUCAGCGACUGUAUGUCAUGGUAUGCAACUAUUAGAGGAUGAGGUGAAGGUAUCAGUGGAUGAAAUGAUCAUGCCAGAUGCCUCGGUUCCACUGUCCACGGAAGAGAUUUUCACUGUGGAACAAGCAUAUAAGUCGUUUAUCACUUGGCCUAAAUUUUUGGUUAAACCAGUUUCUGACCCCUCGACGCAGGAACAACAGAAGAUUCCUCUAUCUGAGGAUGACCCUCUUUCUUCAUUGCAUCUACUUGCUGACAUCCUUGAUGAUAAGCCUUUGGAGGUUCAGUAUGAUGCUAAUGUAUUUGGGCAUGGCUCUGAGGUCCCAAUAUACCUUAAUAGCCAAGAUGUCCGUGAGCUUGCGUCGGGAACACAAGAGUUGAAUAUUUCAAUUAUUCAACUAUGGACGAUGUAUAUGUCUGGGGUCACUAAUAAGUUGGGGCGUUCUGAUGAUUAUGGAUUCAUUGAUCCCCAAGACAUUCAUGAAUCAAAUGAUUUUGAUCAUAUCAACACGAGAAUGAUAAGCAGUUUUCGAAGGGGCAAGAAAAUAUACUUUUUGCCUUAUAUAUCCGGGCGCCAUUGGCAACUUCUUGUUAUGUCUGUGCAAGACAACUAUGCUUUGUGGUUCUGCUCAUUGCACAGGCCUCCUCCCACACAACUCAGACAAGCAAUUGAUUGUUCUAUUCCAGCAAGUAUGAUGAUGGACGGGAGAUCAAUUGUUAAGAGUAGAAAGAUUGCUUGGAUUUCUCUCAAGUGUAACAGACAAAAUGGGUCAUAUGAGUGUGGAUACUAUGUAAUGUAUUGGAUGACCCAUAUUGUUCGUUCUCACAUCACAAGAAGCUGGGAAACGAGAUUCAAGACUACUACACCAGUUCCUGAGAAGUCACUACUAUUCAUUAGGAACGCUGCUGCGAAGUAUAUAGUUAGAUUAUACAAUAGCUCUUAGAUUUAGAUUUAAACAAUGCAUUUGAUUAGAUAGAAUUUUCUUAGACUCUCUACUUUAUUUGAUGUUGAAAUACAUUUGAACAUGUGUUUGUUAUGUUGAAAUUGAAUUUCUGUAAAUGUUUUUAUAUGCAGGUCUGUUUUUGUGGUAGUGGAUAUCACAAAAACAGACCUGCUAUUUUAAAAAACUGCAGGGGAAUAUGCCGCGGUUCUAACCACAACCGCGGCAUAUAAGGGGAAUAUGCCGCG